CCGAAACCACGACUAUAAAUUGGAUAAGAGAAAAAAAAAAAAUCAGCUACACGACAGAUCUAGGGUUUUAGCUCCGCCGCGAUGCCGAAGAACAAGGGUAAAGGAGGGAAGAAUCGGAAGAGGGGGAAGAACGAAGCCGACGACGACAAGAGAGAGCUGGUGUUCAAGGAAGAUGGCCAGGAGUACGCGCAGGUGCUGCGUAUGCUUGGUAAUGGCAGAUGCGAAACCAUGUGCAUCGACGGCGUUAAACGCCUCGGCCAUAUCCGCGGCAAGAUGCACAAGAAGGUUUGGAUCGCUUCCGGUGAUAUUGUCCUCGUCGGCCUCCGCGAUUAUCAGGAUGACAAGGCGGACGUAAUAUUGAAAUACAUGGCGGACGAAGCAAGGUUGUUGAAAGCUUACGGUGAGCUUCCAGACAAUACUAGGAUCAACGAGAAUAUCGAACACGACGAAGAUGAUGGUGCUGGUGGCGACGAUUACGUCGAAUUCGAAGACGAAGACAUUGACAAACUCUAAAUGUCAUUUAUACAAAUUCGUAUUUAUCCAAGAAAAAAUAGAGACUUAAUUUUAUCCUACAUUUUGUGGACUGGAAUUUUAAUUUUACCCUGGGAUUUUAAUUUUCAUUAUUAUUGUUUCGUAGGAUA